AUCCCCGGCCUAGUUUCGCCCAGUGCCGAUCCCAGUGGCCCAGUGCCGAUCCCAGUGUCACGUCCCUCGCCUUGGUAGAGCCUCAAACGUCGUCCAUCCAUGCCAAACACCACAGUGUUCCAGAACUACCCCACUGCCCACCAUAGCCACCUCCCCCAAAGCGCCCAUCACAUCCAGAUGGAAGCUAUGAUGGACAGAUCCGAAACUAACACAGAGCUAUAGACGUUCUAGAUUCGCGCCGGGGCGGCUCGCUCAGAAACUACACAUGAAACUCACAUCCCAAUCCACCAUGUUUGAUACUCCCAAUGCCACGUUUGACUGCUCUCUCCACCUGGCGCCAUUUCCCCUUACCCCCAAUUCCAAGAGCUGCCAGGUCUACACCCCACGCUAUCAUAUCUUGGCCCAUAUAAGGUAUGCUCCCUUCGUCUCUAAUCCAUCAUCAUCAUCAGCUCUUUCAUUCUUCCUAUCUUCUUUAUAUUUCCAACACACGCUAGCCGUUGCAGAACCAAACACAAACCACCAAAAUGCAUUUCUCAACCACCACCCUCGUUACCAUUGCGCUGGCCGCUCUCGCUUCCUCUUCCGCCAUCCCCGAUCGCCGCUCCCCCAAGGGCGGCCGUGAAAAGGGCAAUAAUGGCAACGGCAAGGCUGCGGCUGGCGCCGCUGCUGGUGGUGUUGCUGGCGGAGCUCCCUGUGUAGCCAUUGGCGCUGGCAACAACAGCACCGCAGCCGCCGCACGCAACGCCACUGCUGUCGCUGCUGCCGGCGCUGCAGGCGCUUUACCACCGGCAGUCAUGGUCACGGUGACCGGUGCGAAUGUGGCGGCCGCGACUGGCAAUGCUGGUAAUGCUGCUGCGGCUGCUGCCAUCCAGGACGGAAAGGCCAUGAAGAAGGCUGCACAGGCUGUUGCCGGUCAGGACGGAAAGGCCAUGAAGAAGGCCGCAAAGGCUGCUGCUGGUCAGGGCGGAAAGGCCGGGAAGAAAGGGAAGAAGGCCGCGAAGAAGGCCGCGAAGAAGGCCGCGAAGAAGGCCGCGAAGAAGGCCGCGGCCGCGAAGAAGGCCGCGGCCGCGAAGAAGGCCGCGGCCGCGAAGAAGGCUGCGGCCGCGAAGAAGGCUGCUGCCGGUCAGGGCGGAAAGGCCGCAAAGGCUGCUCGUGGAGCGGCGGCAGCAGACCCGGCAGCAGGUGCUGCGGCAGUGAAUGCGAAUGCGAACCAAGCUGCAAACGCCAAUGUCAACGCCAACGGAAACAACCAAAAUGGAAACAAUGAUAACCAGAAUGGAAACAACCAAGUAGGAAACCAAGAUGGAAAUGAUGCCGCAGAUGCCGCAGAUGCCGCAGACGCCGCAGAUGCCGCAGACGCCGCAGAUGCUGAAGACGCCGCAGAUGCUGAAGACGCCGCAGAUGCCGCAGACGCCUCAGAUGCCGCAGACGCCGCAGACGCCGCAGACGCCGCAGACGCCGCAAACGCCGUAGCGAACGGAAACGCAAAUGCAAAUGCCGCUGCUGGUGCAGGCGGUGGUGUCGGCGACCUCGGUGUUGGAGGUGGUGCGGGCGGAGCUGCUGGCGGCGCUGGCGAUGCUCUCACCGGACUUGGAGCCAGCGCUGGUGAUGCGCUUGCGGGUGGUGCUGCGAACUAA